AUGGCUUCUCUGGCAGCAGACAUGUCUUUUGAGUUCAUCUUCCCAUCAUGCGAGCCCGUCACGCCGCCGAGCUUCUCUUUUGACCCGUCUCUGCUCGAGAUUCCCUACAAUUCCGGGCACGCUCGCACAAACUCGUAUGGUUCCAUCUACUCCUCCACCGAGACGUCGCCCUCCGACUCGGUCAGCACGCGCAACACCACACCUUCGCGCUCACCACCACCCAUCCGCCAGCAUGGUCCCAUCCUGCUGCCCAAGAUCCGCUCCCAGGACCAGGCCAUCGCCUCCCCAGCCAAGCGCGUCAAGACCUCGCCUACUCCCACAGCCAGGCCAAGUCGGCAGCAGAGCCGUAAGGGCAGCUUCCGUCCGGCUCACAACCGGAGCUUCACCAACCCUGAGACCCUGAACUUUAACAACUCCUUCUUUGCGCCCACCGAGGACCAGAACUCCUUCACAUCCUCGCUGCUAUGCUCUCCCAUCACAUUCGCCCAGGACAGCAUGCAACCUCGCCGCGCCUCAAGCGUCGGUCUUGAUGGGUCUGCCCUCGAGAAGUACGGUUUCCCCACCUACCGCCAGAUGCCCUCCUACGCCCCGGCCAUGGCUCAACCGCAGCCUCAGCACCAAGCCGAGCAGUUCAUGUACAACUUCACCCCUCGUGCGCCUUCGCCCCUGAGCCUGGCAUCAACACCAGACCCAACACCGUCUACCACGCUCAUGAACUACCUCACAUCCUCCAACCCGGCGCCAUCGCUAGUCCGCACAAUCUCAUUCCCGCUGCGCGACCCCAACACCAAGCACUUCUGGUGGGACGUGCGACAGAUCCGGCCCUGGACUGCCUUCAACCUAUCCACCAUCCUUUCCCUGCCUGGCGCCUCUGGUCUGCUCCACUGCCCAGUACCAUCACCCCUUCUCCAACAGCCCUUGGCCAGUAGUGCGCGCCACCCAGAGACGGAAGCCGCGCUGCAUAACAUCUACGCCAGCUACUACAUCCCCAAGCUCAACGCCGCACUAGCUCUCUCAUCCACGCGUGCGCUCCAACUCUCCGUCCCCUCCACCCACCCCAGCGCCGCGGCCACCAAACCCUCCUCCUCAGGCGCGUCCCCCAACGACCACUUCAUCGUCGUCAACGCGGCGGGCGAGUCCUCGACGGCGGCGGCCAUGUUCGGCGGCAAGCCGACGGCGCGCGCCGUCGGGCUGGUCAAGAGCUUCGACCGCUUCAACACGGGCAUGCGCGUCGAGGGCAACGUCAAGCGCGUCGAGUACCUGCGCGGGCUGGCGCACCUGCACCACGCCAUGCGCGAGCACGGCACGCGAUACGGCUUCAUCCUCACCGAGAUCGAGCUCGUCGUCGUGCGCAACGGCGGUGAGGCCACGCCGCACUUUGGGUACCUCGAGGUCGCCAGUGUGCAGCUCGCCACCUCAACCCAAGGAGAGGACGGAGGAGAUGACGAAGAGGGCGAGCUGACGGCUUGUCUGGCGCUUUGGGGUUUGUGCAUGAUGGCUGCUGAUGAGUCGGCACCUCAGGGCCAGGCGGGCUGGAGGGCGGAGAUUGGCGCGCCGGCUGAGGGCACGAGGCGCAAGGCGCUGCCGCGCGAUGAGUGGAUGCCGCAGCCGCAGCUGGCGGAGAAGAGGGAGGCGAAGCGGGCGAGGGGGUGGGUGUCGCCUGAGGAUCCCGUGGGCCGGAAGGAGCUGGGUAAGAGGGGGGUGCGGUAUGGCGGGUGCUAG